AUGCCUGACAUUAAACGCCAGAUCAAGCUCGUUACCGAGCAGCACGUCUUGCCCGAUGUCCCGUCAGAAGUCGAGGGCUUCCCCAUGCGUGAAUGGAGCAUCGAAGUCUACGUAGUCGGCCCUAACGACGAACAACUUCCUGCCACCUGUUUCGAGAAAGUAACCUACCGUCUGCACGAGUCUUUCGGAAAGCGCGCCACCCAAAGUCUCAAGCAGGCUCCUUUCAGGAUCCAGGAGCAAGGAUGGGGAGAAUUCGACAUGUCGAUCGUCCUCACGCCCUUCUCGCAGCCCAAGGGUGAACAGACCAUCUUCCACGACCUGAACUUCCAACAAGAACGCUACGAGAGUCUCCAGCAAUUCACGUUCCGCAAUCCUAAGCCUGAGCUUGUCGACAGACUGAGGGACUCCGGUCCUGUUGGAGAUGCUAACGGUGCUGCUAAGCCAGAGAAAAGAAAGAAGGCAUCAAAGACUCAAGUCGACAUGGAGAAGUUGGCAGAGGGUCUGGAGCGACUCGGCGAGGACGACCUCUUGCACGUCGUCCAGUUGGUACACGACAACAAAACGGAAGAAACAUACACCAAGAACGAUGUCGAGAACGGAGAGUUCCACGUCGACCUCUACACCCUCCCCGAUCAGCUCAUCAAGAUGCUCUGGGACUUUGUCAACCAGAAAGUCAACAUUUCAGAAUUUUGA